GGCAAGGAAUCGAGUGAGUGGGGGAGAGCAAAGCCCAAGAAGUGAGUGGGGGGAGAAGGAGGGAGGAAUGUCACCCCAGCAGCCCCCCCACAUCAGCUCAUGGGGAGGUGGUCUGUGUGGGGCUGAUGAUCCCUCUGCAGUUCCUCACAAGAAUAGCGUUUGUGCAAAAGGAGGAGGCUUUGAGGAGACAGAAGCCAGUUUUCCAGCUGCUUGCCCUCAGUAGCUUUGCUGGGCCCUAACAGGAAAAAAAGACAGUGGUCCCUGGAGGAGGAGGAGGAAAGGGGGAGAAGCAGAUCUGGCUGGAAUAUUUGGGGAGGAAAGAGGGGUGGGGGAGAGAAGGCUGUUGUGGGCAGCGGGGGGGACACAGCCAGCCUUUUCGGGGAGGAGGCUCUGCAUUGGUCUGUGACUUGCAAAGGAAGGAACCUCCUUCCAUCCUGCAGGGGCCCUUUAGAUUUGGCUCCUUUCCUAUAAAGGGAAGCCUCUAUCAGGAGCUCAGAUUAUCCCCUUUCCUUAGUGAAAUGCCUCCACGACUUGGGGGUGUCCUACUUCAAGCACAGAACCACGUUUUUGCUUUGCAGUACUCCGUGGCUUCAUCCAUUACAGCAGUUCCUGCUGCAAGGACCAGUCUGUUGGUGAAACAACUUUGGCCUUCUUGGAGGCUGCCUUUGGAGCACAGAAUUGAAGAUGGAAAUGCAAGACUCGGGUGUUCCAGAGGCCAUCAAGGCUGUGAGCAGUGAGGAAUUCUGGGAAAUGACUCUGCAGGAAAUCUUGCAUAAGGACACGCUGCCUUCAUAUGUACAGCGCAAAUGCUUCAGGCAAUUCCGCUACCAGGAGGUUGAGGGACCCCGACAGGUUUGCAGCCGACUCCACCACCUUUGCCGUCGGUGGCUCAGACCAGAGCAGCACACAAAACACCAGAUCAUGGACCUUGUGAUCCUAGAGCAGUUUCUGACCAUCCUGCCCCCGGAGGUGUAUAGCUGGGUGAGGGAAUGUGGAGCAGAAACCAGUUCGCAGGCAGUGGCCCUGGCAGAAGGUUUCCUCCUGAGCCAGGCAGAGGCCAAGAAGCAGGAAGAGCAGCAGGUGCAGGGGCCAUUAGCAGAAGCAAACCUCUUGGUUUUUGAGGCAGAGAAGACUCUAUCAGACGCCAGAUUGAAGCUGCUGCACGUAGGGAGCUCUCAGGAGCAUCAUGCGGAUGCCACCUCACUGGUUCAUGGAAGACCACUGGAGGUGUUGACAAGAUCAUGGCUCCCCUGUGUGGAUGGAGAAGCAGCUUCUACCCAACCAGGGUGCCGUGUCCUUUGAGGAGGUGGCUGUGCAUUUCACGGAGG